UGGUCUAUUCUGAAUCCAAGAUGGCGGCGAUUGGUAAAAAGUUUUUGGUCUCUUAAAAUUCUUCGUCGUAAACAUGUCACAAUCGAGCCAGUGUCAUCUCAUCAUGCAAUUUUCCAUUUUCUAGGGACCAGGUCGAAUGCUACCAGGACAAUGAUAGAGUUAUCACAGUAGAAAGGGCAUCGUGAUUGUGAACAGGAUCAGCAAGUGAGCUGAGUUUUUGAGCGCCCAACAUGAUCUGGUAACUCACUUCUGACCGCUCUCGCCAAAUCAUGGCAUCGCGGAGACCGACUGCGGCUGGAAAUGUGUCUCAGGCAGGCAGCAAGACAACAGAGGGUUCGCCACAACCUCCACAAAGUUUUGGAGGUAGGAGAUCAGUACCUGGACAGAAAGCUUCUCAACCUCCUACCAGACCAGGUGGUACAGUCCGAUCCAGCAGUGUUGCUACUGGUCGCACCAGAAGGACCAGGAAGGAGUCAGCUGUGUAUCGUCCGCUUACAACAUCACAGUCCCGCCGGCGGCCCACACAACCUGGAGCUUCCCGAGCGACAGCGCUCUCUAUGCAAACCAUCACUGAACGAUCUGAUACUGAUUCUAUGAUUGGUAGCCCAGUAGUAGAGCGUCUACGUUACGUCAUACCCGAGGAUGACCCGCAGCUCCAGAGAAGGAUGGGGAUCAUACAGAGGUACCUGCACGAGAAGAAGCUGACAGUAGACAUGAAGGAGCUUUGUGGGAUGUUACUGAGCAUGCCCGACCUGCCGUAUAACCCCUACCCAGGCUUUGUACGGAGGCUGCGGAGAAACUCGGAAAAAUUCCACAUGUUCAGAGAGGACAAUGAUGAAAAGAUUACCCAGCUCUUAGAGAACCCUACAUAUGCAACAUCUCUGGGCUACGUGAGUGGUGUGAAGGGUUACAACAAUGUUUGGGGCCUGUCCACAAUCCUACGCUGUGUAGACCCGGGGGCACUCCGUCAGUACGAAUGGCUUCUGGACGACCUGACUCCGAAAGAGUCGUCCAUACACAAGGAGGAAGGUUACACUUGCCAGGUUCUAAUGGCCCUGGUUGGACAGAGUGUGUUCACCAGUACAUUCUACCCACAUCCCGACAUUGUAACUGUCAGGGUCUCCUAUGUGUCGGUAGGACCAGAUGCUGAACAGGGAAUUUCCAUGUUUGUUGACAGUGUUGUGAAUGAUGUCAACAACAUGGACAAUCAGAACACUCAUGUUUACUUUGGUGUCAGUGUUCCCACUAAGGAUGAGGAGUUGCCAGGCCUGUGGGAAAAUGUCUUCUGGGACCAAGAGAUGGUCUUGAAUAAUCAGGCUGAUUUCUGGAAUGCUAUAUCUGAAGCAACAGUCAACAAUAAGAUGGCUACAUUUGAGGGUGUGUUCCGAGUUGAUCCUUUCUCUGACACAUUCCGGAGGGGCCAGAAGCAGUAUGAACUCCACUUCAUCGAAGUCUCAGAAAAGGACAAGACAGAAAGAUUGGUGAGUUUUGCAGAGUUCCCCCUUGGUACCCUCCAUGAAGGUGUGUUCCUGCAGAAGUCUCAUGCUGAAGCUUACCUGAACAUCUUCAUGCCGCGGCACGAGGUCAUGGACAAGGACCAACCACCACCCUCCAUGCAACCACGCUACAAGUCAGACCUCUCAAAAAAUGACCAAGCCGAAGGCAAAGCUGACUCUAAAGGUGGUAAGAAGAAGGACAAGAAGAAGACCAAGGAGGAAGAAAAGAGGGAUGGAGAGAAGGGGGAGGAGGAGGGGUUUGUUGGGUCAUCAGGGAAGUAUGGACCUGACUCCUGGCAGGUGAAAUCUCCCAUCAGGGAGCAUAUACAAAGGAAGAUAGCCAGUAUGCACCCUGAGGCAGAAGUCUUUGAUGUGGCCUACCAUGCAAUCCUUCUCAUCCUCAUGGACAGGAAUGCCUACCAGGCAACUGCGCUGAUCCAAAUCUACAGGCUGCUGCGUAGCACGGCAGCGAGGCUUAGUUCCAUCAUGGAACACAACAACGUGAUACGCAGCCUGGUGGCCAAGUAUGAAGGGGUUUUACAGUCCCAUUUUGUUCAAGGGGAGUUCAAGAAGUACAGAGAUGCACUCUUGGGUCUUCUGGAUAGCAGCCUACUAGAGAGGUCCUCUGAUCUGAAUUCCGCUUACAUCGACAUCAAGCAGAGAUUUACCAGAGUAAUAGGGUCAGAUGAUGCUGUAGACCCACACAGUAUCCCUCUCAACAAGAAGACGCUGUCCAUCCUGCGCAGCAUCAACCAGUACUGCUCCUGCAUCCAGCUGCAGCUGAUCGAAGACUGCCUGAUACACGCCCCCAUCCUGGACGAGAUAAUCCAGAUGAUGUACUUGACCUUCCCUGAGGAGAUGCCACGCCCACAGACCAGACAGAUGGAGAGGUACAUGGUGGACACAAAGCUGGAUGAGACCUGGCAUGACUUUCUGGUGGAACUGUUGUGUGGAGCCUACCUUCCACCAAACCCUUACCCACGCUUUGUCACUGCCAUGAGACAGUCUUCUCUCAAGAUGGAGCUAUGGACAGAAAAUCCGGAAAAGUUGGUGCAGAAACUUGUCCACAGGUCGGAAAGAAUGAUUGACCCUGACAACUACAUCUACCACAUCCCGGGAACCGAGGCGUACGGACAUGUCAGCGCCCUGAUGAUCCUAGACAUCGGGCACUUCCGCCUGGUGUCCAACCUCGCUGACAUGCUUGUUAACCAGGAGGCACCAAAGAGGAGGGGGAGUUUCAAGAUAUUUCAGGCCUUGGCUAUCGCAGGAGCUAGUGGUCUGUAUGGAAGAAUGGCCCCCUACCUGUUGAAGUUGGAGCUGCAUGAACACACUUACAUCAAGGGGCCCAAGGGCUGUAGUGGGGAGGCCUUGCAGGCCUACCUUUCCAUUGUAUAUGACCACCUGAUAGACCUGUACAGGACGGGAACAAUCCUGGUGUAUGGUGUAUUUUUGGGUGACAGUGGAGAGAGAUGGUCCAUCCAUGCUGUCAUACAGAGGAAGAACGCGUUCAUGGCAGAGCUGGAGAGGACACUACAGUGCCAGGAACCUGCUUUUGUCAAGGUGUUUGUUGUGCAGGAGAAGGGAUGGAGAUAUGUGCCUGUAGAGAAGCACUUCCUACUGCACUAUGUGGAGGAUGAUGAAGACCAGGUUCAAAGAUUCUUUCCCUACAACACAGCAUCCCUGUACCAGAACAUUUUCCUGGUCAGAGAAAAGGCAAGAUUCCACUUUGUGUAUGGAGGUCCUGAAGACAAUCAGGACCCUUUUACAGGGCCAAACCUUCGAGCAGCAUGCAUGCAUGUAGACCACCUCAUAAAGUAUUACCUGGAGAGGAAUGACCUGCUGUCUGUGUACAGGUGGUUGACCUCAAGGGCUCUCAUGCACCAGCACAUGUCGUACCUGCCUGACUGUUGGAGGAUGCAGCACAGCCCGGCAGCCACAGUGGAGUACCUGAACACCCUGAACAUGAACAUGCAGGAGCUGGUGCUGUAUGAGCUGGAGCGGACCGGCCGGAUGCUGGGGGAACACGACAUCCUGGUCGGCAAUCAACUCAUCAAACUCACCCAGCCGGAGGACGAUGAGAGUCCUCUCAACACAAUCCUGUUGGGGAAGAUGGCGAAUGCAUAUCGGCAGAAGGUGAGCAUUUUACUGAAGAGUGCAGCAGCCAUGGCACCCCGUUCGUUGGAAGAGAUGGUACAGUCCAAACUACAGAUCAUCACAGAGAGGGACCCCAUCACUAAGGAGCUGUUUCUGCUGAUAGAUGGGGAGACCCUGAAGCGUCUGCAGGACGUGCGGGACAUGAUGCAGCACAUCCAGGACUCGGUAGUCAACGACGUGCACAACUGCUGCAGGGAGGCACAGCAGGCCAUCAAGGUCAUCGCCAUGGAGACGCAAGCCAGAACAAGCCGGCAGCGUGUUACACUGGAGUCGGGCAGGAGCACAGAUGGACAGUCAGACUCCAGACUUAGGAUUGCCCCAGGGUGGUCAGAAAAUGACAGGGUGACCGAUGACAGAUGGUGACAAGCUUACAUGUAGUUACUGUGGCAAACCUGAUUGUCACAACUGUAACAAUAAAACAUGUAAUAAGGUUACAACUAAGCAUUACGAGAACUGACCAAUAUUUUCUCAUCAGCUUGGAGUGGCCCAUUUCUACAGAGGCUCCUUGCACUCGCUGCUCAAAUACAUUUGGAGUUGUGGUGUGAAUGAUUUGUGUGCUAUGUCUUACAAUUGUAGCUCAGUGUUGAGAAAUAUUCUCAAAAUUGAAAUUCUUGUGGUUGUAUAUUUACAGGAUUUCAUGUAUGCUCAUGCUUUGGUUAAGUUCCUGCAAGGAGGUUUUGAACCUCCUUGGUUCUUGCUAACAGCACAGUUGAUUUUUCGUUCUUGCGGGAUCUGUACUGAUUAUAUAACUUACCAGAAGAAAUACUUUAUCCCUACCACACCAUUGGACCUACAGGCAUUUCUAAAUAUCACUCUGCUGUUUUGUCAGCUGUCCAUCAUAUCAUGUUACUGAUUGGAAGCUACAUUUAGAUUAUUGCCUGUGGAUAUCAAUGUUGAAAUGUUGUCACAUUAAAUCUUAUUGUACAUAGUACAUGUGUACAUAAAAAUUAAUGCAAAAUCCACAUGUUUCAGUAACCAUGAAACAAAGUUACACACUCACUGUCAUGUACAGAGUUACACACUCAAGUCUAUCUGAUAACUUGUAAAUUAUAGAAAAGAACAAAUUAUUUUCUUUUAUACCUUGAUGACUA